CCCAAUAAAGUAGCUGAUUCACUUCUUUCUUGUUGUACAUAUGCGUCUCUCUGCCUCUGCUAUAUUAAAUCUCAUAAAGAGAAAAGGAAAGAAACGAAGAAUAAAACUUUCUUUAUUACGUAAAGACACAGUUUUUAGUGCCUCCAUUUUCUUGAAUAAUCUAUUAAUACUAUUGAGGGUUAAUAAGUUAAAUGGGGUUUUGUGGGAGUCUCUCUUUACAGCUCUGAGUGUAGUUAGUGGAGAAAAAAAGGGGGGGUUCUUGCUUUGUGGGUUUCCUUCGUUCUGUUGCACUUGGUUUCUUCUCUUCUGAACCUGAAAAGGAGGAAGCUUUGUAAUUGUUUGCAGGAAAACUAUUCAAGAUUACCUUGGUUGUACUUCUUGAAUUAAGGAUUGUACCCUCUUUCAUUCCAAGAAGCUGAUAAAGCGGCCUGGGAAGCUUGUGCUGAGAAAACCAUUCGUAGUGUAGUGAGUGAUGUGGGGUUGUACUUCUUGAAUAAAUCUUUGUACCUUCUCAUUCAAGAAAUAAUUUUUUUGUUGUUUGGUUAAAGAAAAGAGGAAAUUAGUGCAGCCCAAAUGGAGUGCAGGUGGGGAAUUGGAUUAGUGGUGUGUUUGGGAAUAUUUGUGGGCUGUAGUUUUGCACAGGAGAAUGCAGAUAAUAUAACUGCUGUGUAUAUUGUGACUCUGAAACAAGCCCCUACUUCUCAUUACUAUGGUGAGCUUAGAGUUAAGCAUGAUCACCAUAUUAAACACAGUGGGUCUGCAUCAAUGACUACAUUGGCUAGACCAAGCAAUGUAUCAAGAAAUAACCGGCCCCACGUACCAUACAUCGACCGCGUGCAUAACUCUCUGUUAAAGAAAACGUUGAAAGGCGAAAAGUAUCUUAAGCUCUACAGCUACCGCUAUCUAAUCAACGGCUUUGCAGUGCUCGUCACUCCACAGCAGGCUGACAAGCUUUCGAAGAGGAGUGAGGUGUCAAAUGUUGUCAUGGAUUUCUCUGUCAGAACUGCCACUACUCAUACACCACAAUUUCUUGGUUUACCCGAAGGAGCGUGGGCCCAAGAAGGCGGAUUCGAAACUGCAGGAGAAGGGAUUGUUAUUGGAUUUAUCGACACUGGAAUUGAUCCUACUCACCCUAGCUUCUCUGACAGCACACCUGAAAAACCGUACCCUGUUCCAGAGAAAUUUUCUGGAAUUUGUGAAGUCACACGAGAUUUUCCGUCUGGAUCGUGCAAUAGAAAGCUUAUCGGUGCUCGUCAUUUUGCAGCUUCGGCUAUUACCAGAGGGAUAUUUAAUGCCACACAGGACUUUGCUUCGCCGUACGAUGCUGAUGGCCAUGGAACGCAUACAGCUGCAAUCGCAGCCGGAAACCAUGGAAUUGCAGUUGUAGUAUCUGGACAUCACUUUGGAAAUGCCAGUGGAAUGGCGCCUCGUUCGCAUGUUGCGGUCUACAAGGCGUUAUAUAAGAGCUUCGGAGGGUUUGCUGCAGACGUGGUUGCUGCAAUAGAUCAGGCAGCACAGGAUGGAGUCGAUAUAAUAAGCUUGUCGAUAACUCCAAACAGGCGUCCACCUGGCAUUGCGACAUUCUUUAAUCCAAUAGACAUGGCUUUAUUGUCUGCAGUCAAGUCCGGUAUUUUUGUAGUGCAGGCAGCUGGAAAUACCGGACCAUCGCCUAAGAGCAUCUCUUCGUUCAGCCCAUGGAUCUUCACUGUCGGUGCUGCAGCACACGAUAGGGUGUACAGUAACUCCAUAGUCCUCGGCAACAACGUCACCAUUUCUGGUGUUGGACUUGCUCCUGGAACGGAUAAAGAUGGUAUGUAUAUGCUUGUUUCGGCUAUCCAUGCAUUGAACGACACAUCAGCAACGAAUGACAUGUACGUUAGUGAAUGCCAAGAUUCCGCCAAUUUUAAUCGGGAUGUUGUCCAAGGGAAUCUUUUGAUAUGCAGCUACUCUAUCCGAUUUGUGCUUGGACUCUCCACCAUCAAACAGGCUUUAGACACCGCACAAAACCUCAGCGCAGCUGGGGUUGUUUUCUACAUGGAUCCUUACGUAAUUGGUUUUCAGCUUAACCCGAUUCCAAUGAGAAUUCCCGGCAUUAUAAUUCCAUCUCCGGAAGAUUCCAAAGUGUUGCUUCAGUACUACAAUUCUACUUUAGUGAGAGACGAAGAUACAAAGAAAAUUAUUAAAUUCGGGGGCGCUGCGUGUAUUUCUGGUGGAAUAAAAGCGAAUUUCAGCCACUCUGCACCAAAGGUUAUGUAUUACUCUGCUCGAGGACCAGAUCCAGAAGACAAUUUCCUAGACGAUGCUGAUAUACUUAAACCAAAUAUUGUUGCACCUGGGAAUUUCAUAUGGGCUGCUUGGAGCUCCCAUGGUACCGAUUCGGUGGAAUUUCAAGGUGAGAACUUUGCAAUGAUGUCAGGAACGAGCAUGGCAGCUCCACAUAUAGCUGGACUCGCAGCUUUAAUUAAGCAAAAGUUUCCGUUUUUCACGCCUUCAGCUAUUGGUUCAGCACUUUCGACUACAGCUUCUCUCAACGACAGAAAUGGCGGGCCCAUCAUGGCACAACGUGCUUAUGCUAACCCCGAUUUGAACCAAUCACCAGCCACUCCAUUCGAUAUGGGGAGUGGGUUUGUUAAUGCCACUGCAGCUUUAGAUCCUGGCCUAAUUUUCGAUUCGAGUUAUGAUGACUACAUGUCUUUCUUGUGUGGCAUAAACGGAUCAUCUCCCGUAGUACUGAACUACACGGGGCAAAGCUGUGGGAUUGCUAAAACGACUGCCAGUGACCUAAACUUGCCUUCGAUCACAGUAUCGAAGCUGAACCAGUCUUUGAUUGUUCAAAGAAUAGUGACUAAUGUUGGAAGCAACGAAACGUACACGAUUGGCUGGAGUGCUCCCUAUGGAGCUACGGUGAGGGUGAGUCCUUCUCGAUUUUCGAUUGCAAGUGGAGAGAAACAGGUUUUGACUGUGUUGUUGAAUGCCACCAUGAAUAGCUCAAUUGCAAGCUAUGGAAGAAUUGGAGUGUUUGGCACACAGGGACACUUGGUCAACAUUCCUCUGUCUGUCAUUGUCAAAAUUUCAUUCAACAAUACUGGUGGUUGAUUUAAUUUGUUGAUACUGAUUUUAGUUUAAUUUAUCUUGACGCAUCUAAUUUUUUGAUUGGUUACUUUGUAAAUUACCUGGAAUACGGAUAAGCCUUCGUUUCUUAUCGUUUUC